AUGGCGCAUCUUUUAAGCGAGUUGGAUCGCUUCGAAGAGGAGAUGCGCGCGCUCGGUGCGGAAUCCGCUUCCGCGAAGGCCGCUCCGCCUCCCGCGCACCUCAUUGCGCAAGUGCCCCUUCCGCCCGCUCCGCCUCUCCCCGCUAAAGGCACACCCCCCGUUUCCCCCGCUCCGCCUCCCCCUCGCCCCCCUCCGUCGUUCCCCCCAGGCGCUUCUCCCGCGCGGCCCUCCAUAUCCCCUUUGCCUGCCCCGCCUCCUUCCGCCUACUCCCCCGCGCCUCGUCCGCUUCCGCCACACGCCCUUCCCCCUCCACCUUCCGCCUUUCCCCCAACUCCGCCUUAUCGCCCCGGCGGUUCUUGGUCACAGUCUCCCGCCGCCACUCCCCCUGCUGCGCAUGUUCCGCCGUCCCCCCCUCUUCCCCCGCCAGCCUCAGGCUCAACCCCCCCGUUUCCGCGAUACCAAGCACCGCCCCGACCGUCGUUUCCGCCCAUUCCCCCGCCUGCGCACGGAGUUCCGCCUUUCAGCAGCGGCGCAGGGGGGACUGCGCAAUUCCCCCCUCUUCCGCCUUCCGCGCCUGCCCCCGCGCCUCCCCCUACGCGGAAAGUAUACGCCGCUGCGCCUGUGAAAGUUAUAAAAAAAGAAGAUGCGGGGAAGGAAGGCGCAGCGGGGGAGGCGGAGAAAGGAUCUGGGGGAAACGAGGGGGAACAACAGGCGGAAAAGUCAGCCGCAUCUGCAGGCAAAGCCACUCCGCCAAUCCCUCCCCCUCCUCCGCCUGCCCCUGCUCCCUCCGCCUCCGCUUCACAAGCAGCACCUACACCAUCACCACCCCCACCAGCACCAUCAGCAGCAGCAGGGGCUUCAGGGGGUACGGGGGAGGGGCUGCAGGCAUGGCGCAAUACGGAGGGGGAGCGGGGUUCCCCGCAGGGGCAGGGUUCGGGGGAAUGGGCGGAUACGGGGGCAUGGGCGGGGGAAUGGGCGGAGGAGGGUAUGGGGGAGCGGCAGGGGGGUAUGGAGCAGGGGGAGCAGGGUUUGGGGCAGGUGGAGGGGGGUAUGGAGCGGUUGGGGGACAGUAUGGAGUGGGGAGCAGCAAUGCGCAGGGCACAACGCUCUCUGAGUUCCUGUGUUCCUUCCCCUCCCCGUUCUCCUGCUCCCCUCCCUUCCACUUUCCACCCCUCCCUUGUUUGCCUCUCCCCUGCGGUUCCUGCUCUCCCUCCCCACCUUCUCCCCACCCCCCCUCCCCGUCACCCCCGUCCCAGGCCAACCCCAACGCAGCAAGAGCAACAGGGAAUGCAUUUUGAGGCGCCUCAAGAUGCACCCCACCCCCCCUCCCCGUCACCCCCGUCCCAGGCCAACCCCAACGCAGCAAGAGCAACAGGGAAGCCCAUCAACUCACAGGCAGAGCAGCUGUUCCAAAGGGAUGCAGCCAUGAUCAAUCCGGCAGCUUUGGAAGGAGUUAAAGCUGCCCUGGCCAGUAAUGUGCCGCUGGGCAUGGCCGGGCAGGCUGCCGGGCAGCAAAAUAAAAAGCGGCCGGUGCCGAGGACAGCUGCCGGGCAGAAAUGGGAAGAUCCUACUCUGACUGAAUGGCCUGAGAAUGACCAUCGGAUAUUCUGUGGUGAUUUGGGCAACGAGGUGAACGACGAUGUGUUGGCAAAGGCAUUUCAGAAGUACGCGUCGUUCAACAAGGCAAAGGUGGUGAGGGACAAGACCACGGGCAAGACUAAGGGGUAUGGGUUCGUGAGCUUUGGUGAAGUGAUGGACUGUGCUGCUGCUCUCAAGGAGAUGAACGGGAAGUACGUGGGGAAUCGGCCAAUCAAGCUGCGCAAGAGCACGUGGCAAGAGAGGAUCGACACGGAGGCUCUUAAAUCCAGAAACCGGGGCAGCCGGCCCAAGGAGAAGCGUCAAAAGAAGAACAUUCUGCACCGUGUUCUCAUGGACAAGCUUGUGCGUUUGGAGUAUUUCUGUCCACUGAAAAAAAAAAAGCCCGGAACUGAACUCGCGAAUCCGUCGCGGUUCCGUCCUCCCACCGGAUUCCGUCCAUCCGGACUCCCCUUCCCUCGUCCCUCCUGCGCGAUGGCGUACACUCGUCCCGAGGUCGUGGAGGAGGAGGAAGCUUCCACGAUAGAGCUACUGGGCGACUCGGUCAUCCCGGUAGUUAAUAAACUGCAGGACAUCUUUUCCCAGCUCGGAUCCUCCAGCGCGAUCGACUUACCGCAAGUAGCCGUUGUGGGGAGUCAGAGCAGCGGCAAAUCCAGCGUGCUCGAGUCGCUCGUCGGGAAGGACUUUCUGCCACGUGGAUCCGACGUGGUGACGCGCCGCCCGCUGGUGCUGCAGCUGGUGCAGGUGCCGAAGCGCGCGGACGGAAAGGCGGAGGAAUGGGGGGAGUUUUUGCACCUGCCGGGGAAGAGAUUAACGGAUUUCUCCGCGAUCCGGGACGAGAUUCAGCUAGAGACGGAGAGGGAGGUGGGGGUGAACAAGGGAAUAACGGAGAAGCAGAUCCGGCUGAAGAUCUUCUCGCCCCACGUGCUCACAAUAACCCUCGUGGACCUGCCCGGCAUCACCAAGGUGCCCGUGGGCGACCAGCCCUCCGACAUCGAGGCCCGCGUGCGCUCCAUGAUCCUCGCUUACAUCAAGCACGAGACCUGCAUUAUAUUGGCGGUCACCCCAGCUAAUGCGGAUUUGGCCAAUUCCGAUGCGCUGCAAGUGGCGCGCAUGGCCGAUCCGGAUGGGCAUCGAACAAUUGGAGUUAUCACCAAGCUUGACAUCAUGGAUCGGGGCACGGAUGCAUGCAAUCUGCUGCUAGGAAAUGUCAUUCCCCUGCGCCUGGGCUAUGUGGGCGUCAUCAACCGCAGCCAGGAGGACAUCAACGCGAAGAAAAGUGUGAAGGACGCACUCACAUACGAGGAGGCCUUCUUUCGAAGCAGACCGGUGUACCAUGGGCUGGCAGAUCGAUGUGGGAUUCCGCAGCUCGCCAAGAAACUCAACUCGAUUCUCGUGCAGCACAUCCGUCUUCUCCUGCCGGAUCUCAAGGCGCGGAUCAACGCUCAGAUGGUGGCGGUGCAUAAGGAGCUUGUGGGGUAUGGGGAGGCGGCUGAGCGGGCCACCAUGGGAGUGCUUCUGCUCAACAUUCUCACCAAGUACUCUCAAUCCUUUGUGACGAUAGUGGAUGGGAAGAAUCAAGGCAUGUCCACAGCAGAGCUGGCUGGAGGAGCUCGAAUCCACUACAUCUUCCAAAACAUAUUUGUCAAAUGCAUCGAUGAGGUGGACCCCUGUGAGGACCUUUCAGACGAGGACAUUCGCACAGCCAUUCAGAACGCCACGGGAACAAAGAAUGCGCUGUUCGUACCGGACGUGCCCUUUGAGGUGUUGGUGAGGCGGCAAAUAUCGCGUCUGCUGGACCCCUCGCUUCAGUGCGCACGAUUCGUCUACGACGAGCUAGUCAAGAUCGCUCAUCGCUGUGAGUCAUACCAGCUGGCCCGGUUCCCUGUGCUCCGGCGUAAAGUGGAGGAGACGGUGGGGAGCUUUCUCAGAGAGGGGCUCACUCCUGCAGAGACCAUGAUCCGACACCUGAUUGACAUGGAGAUGGACUAUAUCAACACAUCGCACCCCAGCUUCAUUGGGGGCAGCAGAGCCGUUGAGAUUAUCUUGCAGCAAUUGAGGGAAGGGAAGGGCAGUGAGGGAGGAGGGCAGGGAGCAGCAGGGGCUGGCGCUGCUGGUGGUGCAAUGACAGCAGCAGCGGCAGCAGGAGGAGGGUCACCAUCGUCAACUGCUGCUGUGGCGUCGGAAGGGAAGGGCAGUGAGGGAGGAGGGCAGGGAGCAGCAGGCGCUGGCGCUGCUGGCGGUGCGUUGACAGCUGCAGCAGCAGCAGGAGGGGGGUCCCCAUCAACUGCUGCUGUGGCGUCAGUGGCAGCAGCAGCGAAGCACAGGGUGAUGCUGAUGAGGAAGGAGGGAGCGGGACAGGGGCAGGGAGGGCAAGAGCAGCAGCAGCAACAACAGCAGGGGGGCAAGCAGGCAAUCACUGCAAAUGGCACAGUGGCAGACAAACAAGGGUCCUCGUGGGGUAUCUCAUCCAUCUUCGGCGGGCAGGAGAGGAACCGAGCAGGAGGAGCCGUCCCUCCUGCCACGGCGCUCACUCCUUUCCCUCUCGCUUCGCCUGAACCCAUCUCUGCUCCUGGCGGUGCUGCUGCCAACGAGCCUGCAUCCACUAUUCUCCUCAGAGAGCCGCCCUCUAUCCUGCGAGCGAGUGAGCAGCGAUCAGCAGAGGAGGGUGUGGAGAUUGGGGUAACCCGCCUGCUCCUAAAGUCAUACUACGACAUUGUCAGGAAGAACAUUCAAGACGCUGUUCCCAAAGCCAUCAUGCACUUCCUGGUUAACCACGUGAAAAGGGAGCUUCACAGUGUUUUCAUUCAACAGCUGUACAGGGAGGCGCUAUUUGAGGAGAUGCUGCAGGAGCGGGAGGACAUUGCAUCAAAGAGGCAGCGAUGCAAAGACAUCUAUGCAGUGCUGCAGCAGGCUGCGUGGACGCUAGACGAGCUCCCAUUAGACCCGGACGCCCCAUCUCGCCCCGCCUCCUCUGCUCUCGACGCCACGGGCCUCCCCCCUUCCUCCGGCCUCCUCCCACCUUCUCCUGGCUACCCCUCCCCCGCCCCCUCGCUGCCCUACCGCCCUGCUCUCGCCACAUCUGCUGCUGCUGGUACUGCUGCUGGUUCGUCAUAUGCAUACGGGCAUGGAAGGGGACCAAGCAGCAGAGAAGGGGGGAUGGGGCCCAUUCCUUAUGGCACUCCAGGCGGUCAGCCGUCCCGGCCUGAUGGGCCGCGCAGCAUCGUCCAUGCAUGA